GCUGCCUCACGGCUCCUGCGCAGGCGUGGGCGGCCAUGUCUGCCACCGUGGAGCGGCGCCUGGCUGAGUUUCGGGCCGCCCGCGGCAGCGCCACCGCCUCAUCGCGCCCAGCGGAGCCGCCGGGAAAGGCUACGGAUCCGGAGGCCGCCGAGGGACAGCGGGAGGCCACCGCGGCGGGCCCGGGCGGCGGCCGUCAGGCCCCUCCCGGCGAGGCGGCGGCUCCGGUGUCGGGGAGGUUGCUGCUGGUGCUGAAGGUGCUGCUGUGGGCGGUGCUGCUGGCGUUGUUCGUGGAGCUGGAGCUGGGGCUGCCCUACUUCGUCCUCUCCCUGCUCUACUGGAUGUACGUCGGCACCCGCGGCCCCGACGAGCGGCGGCAGGGAGAGCUGAGCGCAUACUCCGUCUUUAACCCCGGCUGCGUCCCCAUCCGCGGGACGCUGACCGUCGAGCAGCUGGAGCGGGAGCUGUAUUACCGGCCAGCCGCCGGGAGGUAGUAACUGGCGCGGCUGCCGGGGACCCGCACUACCUCCACUCCCCGUACCACGGACCUCAGGAAGUGGGGGGAAGCGCUGUGAAAAACGCCGCUUGUGCCUUUCUCCUGCGGGGUUUCCCCAGGCCCGGGCCGGUCCCGAAUAAAGCCGUAGCAAAAUGUGCGCUUCUGUCUCGUUCCCAGGGGGAGCUGAGGCUGGGCAGCCGGCAGCAAACCCCCCUCGUCCCCGGGGUUGUGCUGGUGGUGCAGCGAUAGGCACGGUCUUUUCACAGCAGUGAGUCAUCUGGUGAAUUUCAGCUACUGGUGAUCUUUGCCACUGGUACGGGAAGGCUGGUAUUUGAGGGCACCUUCAGAGGAAUAGAUAACUGCUUUUCUUCCCAGCACUAGCAAGAAUGCUCUUUCUGAAGAACAGACAUGAAACACUAUCUGUAUACCUGAAAUUGGAUGAUGCUUCUGUUUGCACUCAUGUCUUUCAUCUAAAACAAACAUCUGAUUUUAA